CAGUCGCUGUGGUAGUUGUGUCCGCGAUAAACGUCGGGAAAUAAGCUCUGUGCUUUGCCGUGACGUUUAACACACGCACAAAAGGACUGAUAACGAAAAAUUUUUUAGUUUAUAUUUUUGCAGUCUUCUACGUCAUGGAUUCAGACAACGUACAUCGAGAUGACGCUGUGUACCGCAGUACCGUCGUGGCUCUCGAAGGCGACUCACCUAGACCCCCUGGCGGUGCCGCCUGCAUCAAGAACAAACUGAGCAAAUGCCUGAGCCGGAAGACCCUGCACAGGAGGCUUCCCUGCAUCUCCUGGAUGAGGAGUUACACGGCCUCCUGCUUCUUCGGAGACCUGCUCGCUGGCUUCACCGUGGGACUCAUGCUGAUACCUCAGGCGCUUGCUUACGGCAUCGUCGCUGGACUGCCCCCCAAUUACGGUCUCUACUCAGCCUUCAUGGGCUGCUUCGUCUACCUGUUCUUCGGCUCGACGAUGGACCUCAACAUCGGCCCUACGGCUAUCAUGGCUCUGAUGACACUUCAGUACACAAGCAACGGAGGACCUGAUUACGCCGUUUUGCUCUGUCUCAUCUCCGGGCUUAUUGAACUCGUCGCCGGAAUCAUCAAUUUGGGCUUCCUAAUCAACUUCAUCUCUCAACCGGUGAUCAGCGGCUUCACCUCAGCAGCCGCCGUGACAAUCGCCUCCUCGCAACUGAAGCCCCUCUUCGGUCUGAAGCUGAAGACGGAGGGCCUCUUGGACACCUGGAUGAAGGUGGCCAAGAACCUGCCGAAUUUCAAGUGGCAGGACCUCACCCUCGGGGUCGUCUGCAUCAUCAUUCUCACCAUCAUGAAGGCCUCCAGGAACGUCCGAUGGCCCUGCAUGGACCCCAACAGCAGGAGUUUUGGCCAGAGGGCUCUCCGUCAGGUGGUGUUCUACCUGUCAGUGGGUCGCAACGCCAUCAUCGUGGUGAUAGCAGCCGUGAUCGCCUUCGCCCUGGAAGGAGACGACCAACCUUUCACGCUGACAGGAUACGUGGAGCCAGGAGUCCCUCCCGCAGCCCUGCCGCCCUUCACGACGGUGAUCAACAACCAGACGAUGACCUUCCCAGACAUCAUGAAUGAUGUGGGCAUCGGAAUCUUCAUGAUUCCCUUCAUCGCCAUCUUGGACAACAUUGCCAUCGUCAGCGCCUUCGCCAAGGGCAGGACCUUCGAUGCCACUCAGGAGAUCAUUGCCCUUGGGCUCGCCAACAUUCUUGGCGCCUUCUUCGGGUCUAUGCCAGUGACGGGGUCACUCUCCAGGACAGCUGUCAACCUCACCAGCGGCGUGAGAACUCCUGCAGGAGGCCUGAUCACGGGUAUCAUGGUCCUCUUGGCCCUGUGGUUCCUUACGCCGACUUUCUAUUUCAUUCCCCGAGCGACAUUGGCGGCAGUGAUCAUCUGCGCCGUAUUGCACAUGGUAGACUAUGAGAUCAUCAUGCCGCUGUGGAGGAGCAAAAGGAUUGACCUGAUUCCCUGGGGCAUCACCCUCAUUGCCUGCCUGGGGUGGGGACUUGAAUGGGGUAUUUUACUGGGCAUUGGCGUGAACCUCGCCAUGCUGCUAUACUCGAUCGCCACCCCAGCCGUCAGGAUCUCAGUGGUGCCACCCAGUAAGCAGCACGCUGGUUACAUCCUUGUUGCCCCAUCUCACGGUGUCAGCUAUCCCAGCAUCACCCAUGUCAGGUCAGCCGUGAGGAAGGCUGGUCUCAGACAAGCUGGAGGUUCACUCCCAGUUGUCAUCGACUGCGCUUUCAUCGAUACUGUUGACUUUACCUCUGCAAAGGGAAUGAAAGGUAUGAUCGAGGACUUCCAAAGACGUGGACAGACGCUAGUCUUCGUAGGCAUGAAGCCAAAGCUCGUCAAGAUAGUGUCAGCUCUUCACGAAGGCAUCACAGUCUGCCCAUCCUUUGAUGUUCUCGAUGAAAUUCUGGCAGAUGGCCAAACAGAACUACCUCUGGAGAGUCUAAACAAUGAUGGAAGACACAUGGUCAUGAGUGGAGGCGUGGUGGUAAGCAGCAUGAUAACCACUCCUACAUCUGACACGAGCGAAGCCGCCAAUCCUCUUCUGAGCACAACAGUAUUCCAGGACCACAAAUAACAAAGAAUUGAAGAAGAAGAGGAAGUGAACCUCCUUUCUCCAGUAAAUUUAGAUUUUCUGUGAAGCCCCAAAAGAGGAACUACAAAUUUUCACACGUUCAUUUACUCUUUGCAUUCUGAAGAAAAAAGUGAACAGUGAUCUGUGCAUCUACUUCAGCUGACUGAAUUGAACAAGGGAAAAAAGGACUUUGUUUAGCUAAGUUUGAUGACCAAAUUGUGAAAGUUAUUAAUUGUGAUAACGUUUACAUGUGAUGUGUAUAUAUACAUAUAAAUUUUAUUCAAGAAACAACAGAAUUAAGGUACGAAAAGAGCUCUUGUCAUUCCAGUUUCUUUCUGCUGAGAUUGGAGUGACAACAGAAAGCUCUGUAAUUUACAGAUAUAUACAUAUAUAUUACAGUGUGUAAUAUCUACUAUUUAUUAAUGUACAAUUAUUUAUUACUGCAACCAAGGAAAUUCUAACGUGACCAAGGAACUUUGCAAAUUAAUGUAAAGGAAGCAACGUGAAAGUAGGAGCUCAUCUGUUCUAAAAGAUUAAAUUUGAGUGCAAUUUUAUCUUUAAGAAGUUAGCGUCGAAUAUUUCAUACUUGAGAUCUGUUCACACAAUUGCUACCUACGUAAGAUGCAUUAUUUAAGUCAAGAUUAUAAGCAAAGCACAAUUUUCCAAUACAUUUGUACAAUUUUAACUGUAAAGAUUAAAGAGUUUAUGUUUAUUCAUAUGUUCUGCGAAAGUUCUCUGCUAUGGGAAGUGUAUUAAGAGGUAUAAUUUAUAUUCACUCUCAACCAACCUUUCUUACUUUAUUGGAAGACCAGUGGGGUAGGUUAGGCAGCUUCUUGCCUAGCCUAAACUAAUGGUGUAGGGUAGGCAGCUUAAUGCCUAGCCCAGCCUAUGCCUAAAGACUAUAAGUAUGUAGGAGCUUAGCCUAGGUGAACCCAGCCCACCGGCCUAACUCUUACAAGGCUCCUUCAUUUCAAUGCGGAGAGUGAAAUUUAUAUAUAAUAACUGCCUUAGUUGUUUAUAUGUCUGUUGAGUAUUUUGUAUUUUUCUACAGUUUAAUUUUAGUGUAAUUUAUAUUCACGAAGGCUGUCUCGUAGCCCUUGCAUUGUGUGAAGCCAUGCAUUUAUUAUGCCCUGCUGGAUAGAGAAGGGUGUAGCAAUUUGGUGCGUGUAUGUGUGAGUGAGUGAGUUGUGUGUUUGUGGGAAUUCCUAGUUACUAAAGAUAUUACUUAAGUUGAUUCAUUCAACAGUUUCCUCCUCCAGACAAUUUUUUAUGGGUUCGGUAACUUUUAGCUAAAGUGGCCUGUACUGAUUUUCUUGAUAAAACUGUAUCUUACAUCUAGAACAAUUCCCUUCAGAAAUCUUGUGAAAGUUAGGAUCUUGAUGCUAUCUUCAAGAAAAAUAUUCUAUAAGUGAAAUUUUAUAUUGGUUACUUAGUGAAUUCUACAAUAAAUCAAUAUACUGUAAUCAGUUCCCCUAGCUACUCGAAAAUAUUCUAGUAAAUAAAUAAAAGAUGUUGGAUGAAAAAAACCAUACAUUAUUAUGACAAGGGUACUCAUUGUUUUCAUCAACUGGAUUUGAGGACCAUCAUAUUCAAUGAUUAUAGAAUUUUACUGUUAACCUGCAGUAUUAAUUUGCAGUAUUAAAACUUGAUUUGUAAGUGAACACACUUAUGGAUAGUGCACAAACCAUGACCACAUCAGAUAAACCUAAGUUUAUCACAUCUAAAUUGGGAAACAGUAGAUACAAGAGAUCUUAAGGGUGUCAGUGUGUGUAUGCGAGUGUUUCUGUGCGUGAUCUGAACAGUAUGAAAACUAUGCCUGUUAUUUUAUCCUUGUAUAACUAAAAUUCAUAAAGCUAGGGUGUUGCGUGAGAACAGCAGUAGCGUUGGAGCCUUAACCACUGUGCAAAGGGUGUAGAUAAGCGAAUAGAUCGUUUCCCACUACUAGUUUAGAAUAAAGGAGUGCUGUCCCUCUUCUGUAAUGGUAAGAGGUUUUUUCUUUGUCAAAGACAGCAGCAUAUCAAAAUAUUUCCAGACAAGUAUACACUUGCCAUUACACCCCUGCACAAUACAGUUAUUAGUACGACAAAACUCAUAGUCUUUUUUCUGAUGUAAUAGACUAAUCACCUCAGUAGUAUAUACAGUACUUUCACCCAAGUUUAGGAUUAAGUGUAAAAGUUUUCUCAGUGUGAAUUACUUCAACAAUCACAGCCUAAUGAUGGUUACUGAACAUUAUUACGGUUUACUCCAACCAAUCGUUUUUAGCUGCACGUUUACAAACAGCACAAAUUCCAUUAGUUUUUAAUGUAUAUUAUAAGGUGCCAAAGUGAAAGAAACCUGUAUCUCAGUAUUAAAACACUGAUGUCAUUCUUCUGGAGUUCUGCUCUGGGAUACAAAUGUGCCACAACACAGCCACACAACUAAGAGGAACAUUUGAAAUAGAGAUGUUUCACUGUAGGGGUCUAAGUCUAAGGCCUGAGAUACUCAGAAAAGUUAGUUCGUGCGGUAAAACAUGACUAUAAACUCAUAAACACUAAUGUGACAGUGACUAUGGAUGAGUAGUUGCCUUAUUUGUCGAUCAAUCUGACACGCAUCUACAGUAGAAUGGUGUACAGUAGAACAUUUAUAAAUUUGAUCAUUUUUGCCGAAGGAAUCCCCACUUUCAGUCGCAAUAAUGUAAUGAGUCUAGAGUCUAACUUUACCCACAUCACUCCCUUCCUCUAUGUGUUAGGAAAGUUUAAUUCAUAAUACCGUUAGUUUUUCAUAGCUGUAGAUCAUAGAGCUGAUUCCAUGUGUUCGUAGAGAAGAUAAAACGAUGAUGUUAGUCCUUAAGAUGGAGAUUUGUUGUCUGUUGAGAUAAUUAUAUAGCCUCGUUUAUUUUGAUCCUCCAGAGUAAUUAUAUAGAUAUUGGAAAAUUUAAACAUUUUUUUGUGAUCAGUUGGCUGUGCAACAAUGAUAUUGACGCAUAAUUGUUCUUUUAAGCAUUGCAUUUUUUCAAUUAUAUCACCAAACUUUUUGCAACAAAGAGCAAUAAGUCUUCACUGCAGAUCUUACUAUACAGUGUAGCUAUUUAGAUUCUUGCAAAAAUAUAUCUAUAUAUACAUAUAUAUACGUAUAUAUAUAAUAUAGAUAUAUAUGUGUGUAUGUAUGUAUGUAUGUAUAAUUACCCUUGUCUCAGUAUUAUUACUUACAACAUUUAUCAUAAAACUCACAAUAAGUUCUCACUUUUACCAUUAACCUUUAGAAUAACACCAUAUUCCUUUAUAUAUUUGCCUGCAGUUUUUUUUAUUUAAUUAAGUUUAAUCUAUAUAUAAUAAUAAUCCAUAUUCAUAAUUCCCACCAUGUUAUAAACUUAACCACUAACUAUAUUAUAAAAAAUAUAGUCACAUUCUAAAUUAUGUUAGACCAAACAUCCAUUUUUUUUUUGAGUAAGUUUAUGUUACCAACACUCAAGAAUCAUGUACACCUUACACCAAGAAACUGAAAAAAAGAAAUACUUUUUACAUCUCGCCUGUGCCUCCACCAACUGUUCUUAACUGCUUCAAAGAUCAUUUGCAGCUCUGCACUGAAGUGUUGUUCUUCCACCCACACCACAACCCCCUUCCAGAGUUGCUUUCUGCACUGUAAAUAUAUAUAUUCUGUGAUUUGCAAUGGUUGUGAAGCGCCAUAAUCAUCAUCCCCAUUUUUCCCGAGCAAAAUCUCUGAAAAGAAGGAACGAAUGCCUGAGGCCUCUGUUUCAUAAUGUUUAUGAGAGACCUGUAUUUUGUAACGUUUCGUAUACGACUAUUUUCCAUACCGUUUAGUCUAGACUUAUAUUCACAUCACGUUUCGACUUACUGUCUCCUGCUUAGCAAACUGCUAAGUAAAGGACAGUACGUCGAAGGGCCUAGCACGACUCCCUUGUUUCUCUUUCCUUCGUGGCAUUUGUUUUUAUCAUGUUUCAUAUAGGUUAUCUUGCUUAACGUUUCAUACAGGCCUCUUUUUCAUAACGUUUCUUAUAGGACUUUGUUUCAUAACCUUAUAAGCCUAGGUUUCAUAACGUUUUGUAUACGCCCAUAUACUGCCUUUAAUCAGUUUCUGACAUCAAUUGAGUCCUACUCAACGCGACCACGUUCUUACACAAACUGAAACAAAACAUUUCGUAUAGGCAUAUGUGUCAUAACGUUUACUCUAGGCCUAUGCUUCAUAUCGUUUCAUCUUCGCCUAUACACUGCCUUGAAUUAGUUUAUGACCUCUGAUCAUUUCAUCAGCUGCGUCCAACCUAACGAGACCACGUUCUUACAGCAAAACGGGAAAUCCUAUAGGCCUACCCAAGAGUCAUAUUAACAAGUAUCGAUCAUAUCAUAAUACAAACACAAACAGCAUGUGUGUGUGUAUGUGUGUGGAGACCUUCAGUGCUUGUACGUUUCUUCGUCUUUGAAUUUCAGAGUUGUAUAUUAAAUCUUCCUCCGUGAGGAUGCCACUAAUAUUUUACUGUAUGUCACUAUGCUGUAAUCAUCACCCUUAGGCCUAUGUCUUCAUUUUAAGUCUUCACGUUUAUCCCGUGUGAUAUGCUACAGAGAGCGAGAGAGAAAUGAAAAUAAGUGUAUGGUUGACCCGACCUGACCUGGCCUUGCCUGUGAUGACACAAGCACCAUUUCGUGAAAUCACCUUCGCCUAUUUCGUAAAAUUAUAAGGCGUCAAUCAUACCUAUUCUCUUCCGUAUCCCAAUUAUCAGAUUUUUCUAAAUUAGUCCUUCAUUUAUUUCAUUACACCUUUUUUUAUCCAUCCAGCGAGGACAUAGGUCUAUCAUUCUCGCUCUUUAUACUUCGUCCACUUUCCUCCGUCUUUGAAAAAAUAUUAGUAAAAAUUAUAUAACUUCAUGAGUUAUAACCAGCUUGAAGUCAGCUACAAGAACAAUAGCCAAUACACUCCCUCGGUUACGUAUACAAUAGACAAUCUAUUACCUCGAUUACAAAAUCAAUAGACCAUAGAUUCACCCGGCUACAAAAACAAGUCUGCUCCUUCAGUUUCGUAAACGAAACACGUUACUAACUCGGCUACAAAAACAAGAUUAUCAAACCAACAGCCAAUACAUUUCCUCAGUUAUGCAAACAACAGACAAUCUAUUCCCUGUUACAAAAAGAAUAGCCAGUACACUCCCUCGCUUACGUAUAAAAUAUACCCAUUAGCUCCUUCGGUUACGCAAACAAUAAUGCAUCGCUUCCCUAGGUUACAUAAACAAUAAGAAAGUUAUCCCGGUUUAAAAGACGUUAAUAAUAAUAUAUAAUAUAAUAACAAUAAUGUUCAAACUCCCUCGUUCAAAUUGGGGGAUUAAUCCUAUACCAAAAUUCGAGUAGAAAUAACGUGAGCAUGCGCAGUAGCUGAAUGGAAUUAUUACAAAACCGUCAUAAAUUAUAUAAUAUUCCUCAUCACAACAGUUAUGCAUGUGAAUUUUAUGUAAUUCCAUUAUUUUGUCAUAUCUGAGAUGCAUUUAGUUGAAUCUGUUUGUAUUAUAAAUGAGACUAACUAUGUAUUUCCAGCGGUUUUACAUUUAUAUUUUUAUGUGUGAGAUUAGAAGCAUUCCACCAUUCUUGGUAAUGUAUGGAAUUACAAACAUUCCAGUCUUUGUUGGUAAUAUAUGAAUUAUGUAUUACCACUUGUUAUAUAUAUAUUUUCGAAAAUAUAAGACUACAACACAUUCCACCAUUCUUAGUAAUGUAUAAGACUAUGUGUUUCCCCCUAUUUUAUACAUACAUCCGAAUGUAUGUACCUACAAAUCCCACCAUUAUUGGUAAUGUAUGAGUCUAUGUAUUUCCAUCUACGGAAUCAUUUAUCCCAUUCCCAGUAAUGUAUGAGACUAUUUCCACCUAUUUACUAAUGUAUGAGACUACAAACAUUCCCGCCAUUCCUGAUAAUGUAUGGGACUGAGUACUUCCACUGUCUCUUUUUUUAUGUAAAUUACUCUUGAAAAUCUCAUCCACAACUCUCAUCGCUUCUUAGAGUACUUGAUAAUAUAAGAAAACAUAUGACACAUAACGAGUAACCACUCCUUUGUCAAUGAAUCGUUAACCUUUUCAAACAUACCAUCUUUGUUUAUGUAUUCAAACUAUUUUUUUUUCUUAAAGCAUUGUUUUUAUGUGUUAAAAACCUACAUGUUUUUUUUUCUUAAAUGAUAUUUCUAUAUUAUACAUCAAAGGACCACUUCAAUGCUGUGAAUUUCCAAGGCGAGAUUCCAUUACUCCAUUUAAGCCAAAUUUACCCCCAUUUACAUAAUAUUUGCAUAAGUCAUUUAAGAAUCAACAAACUUAUUUUUUUACAAGAAGAAAAAACAGUUAACAGAC